UGCUCUAGGAUGCUGCGGCAGGUUCUGCACAGGGGCUUGAGGACGUGUUUCUCCCGGCUCGGCCACUUCAUUGCCAGUCACCCGGUCUUCUUCGCCUCGGCGCCGGUGCUCAUCUCCAUCCUGCUCGGCGCCAGCUUCAGCCGCUACCAGGUCGAAGAAAGCGUGGAGCACCUGCUGGCGCCCCAGCACAGCCUAGCCAAGAUCGAGCGCAACCUCGUCAACAGCCUCUUCCCGGUCAACCGCUCCAAGCACCGGCUCUACUCGGACCUGCAGACCCCUGGGCGCUACGGCCGGGUCAUCGUCACCUCCUUCCAGAAAGCCAACAUGCUGGACCAGCAUCACACCGACCUGAUCUUAAAGUUGCAUGCUGCUGUGACCAAGAUCCAGGUUCCAAGGCCUGGUUUUAAUUACACGUUUGCCCACAUAUGUAUCCUGAAUAAUGAUAAGACUUGCAUCGUGGAUGACAUAGUACAUGUCCUGGAAGAGUUAAAGAAUGCUCGGGCUACAAAUCGGACCAAUUUUGCUAUCACAUACCCGAUCACCCACUUAAAGGACGGUAGGGCCGUAUACAAUGGGCACCAGCUUGGGGGCGUCACUGUACACAGCAAGGAUCGGGUGAAAUCUGCAGAGGCCAUUCAGCUCACCUAUUACCUGCAGUCAAUCAACAGUCUCAAUGACAUGGUGGCUGAGAGGUGGGAGUCCAGCUUCUGCGACACUGUCAAACUGUUCCAGAAAUACAACAGUAAAGUCAAAAUGUACCCUUACACAUCCUCGUCACUGAGGGAAGAUUUCCAGAAGACCAGCCGUGUGUCAGAACGUUACCUGGUCACCAGCCUGAUCCUGGUAGUCACCAUGGCCAUCCUCUGCUGCUCUAUGCAGGACUGCGUCCGCAGCAAACCCUGGCUAGGCCUGCUUGGGUUGGUAACCAUAAGCCUAGCCACUCUCACUGCAGCUGGGAUCAUCAAUCUUACUGGUGGUAAAUACAAUUCCACCUUCCUGGGAGUCCCUUUCGUCAUGCUAGGUCAUGGACUAUAUGGGACUUUUGAAAUGUUAUCCUCCUGGAGGAAAACUAGAGAAGACCAACAUGUUAAGGAGCGAACUGCAGCAGUCUAUGCAGACUCCAUGCUCUCCUUUUCUCUCACCACUGCCAUGUACCUGGUCACCUUUGGCAUAGGGGCCAGUCCUUUCACAAACAUUGAGGCAGCCAGGAUUUUCUGCUGCAAUUCCUGUAUUGCAAUCUUCUUCAACUACCUCUAUGUACUCUCGUUUUAUGGUUCCAGCCUGGUGUUCACUGGCUACAUAGAAAACAAUUACCAGCAUAGUAUCUUCUGUAGAAAAGUCCCAAAGCCUGAGGUAUUGCAGGAGAAGCCGGCAUGGUACAGGUUUCUCCUGACAGCCAGAUUCAGUGAAGAAACAGCUGAAGGAGAGGAAGCGAACACUUACGAGAGUCACCUAUUGGUAUGUUUCCUCAAACGCUAUUACUGUGACUGGAUAACCAACACCUAUGUCAAGCCUUUUGUAGUUCUCUUUUACCUUAUUUAUAUUUCCUUUGCCUUAAUGGGCUAUCUGCAGGUCAGCGAAGGGUCAGACCUUAGUAACAUCGUAGCAACUGCGACACAAACCAUUGAGUAUACUACUGCCCAGCAAAAGUACUUUAGCAACUACAGUCCUGUGAUUGGGUUUUACAUAUAUGAGUCCAUAGAAUACUGGAACACUAGUGUCCAAGAAGACGUUCUAGAAUAUACCAAGGGGUUUGUGCGGAUAUCCUGGUUUGAAAGCUACUUAAAUUACCUUCGGAAACUCAAUGUAUCCACUGGCUUGACUAAGAAAAAUUUCACAGACAUGUUGAGGAAUUCCUUCUUGAAAGCCCCCCAAUUUUCGCAUUUUCAAGAGGACAUCAUCUUCUCUAAAAAGUACAAUGAUGAAGUUGAUGUUGUGGCCUCCAGAAUGUUUUUGGUGGCCAAGACCAUGGAAACAAACAGAGAAGAACUCUAUGAUCUCUUGGAGACCCUGAGGAGACUUUCAGUCACCUCCAAAGUGAAGUUCAUCGUCUUUAAUCCAUCUUUUGUGUACAUGGAUCGAUAUGCCUCCUCUCUGGGAGCCCCCCUGCACAACUCCUGCAUCAGUGCUUUGUUCCUGCUCUUCUUCUCGGCAUUCCUGGUGGCAGAUUCUCUGAUUAAUGUCUGGAUAACUCUAACAGUUGUGUCUGUGGAGUUUGGAGUGAUAGGUUUCAUGACAUUAUGGAAGGUAGAACUGGACUGCAUUUCCGUGCUAUGCUUAAUCUAUGGAAUUAACUACACAAUUGACAAUUGUGCUCCACUGUUAUCCACAUUUGUUCUGGGCAAGGAUUUCACAAGAACUAAAUGGGUAAAAAAUGCCCUAGAAAUACAUGGGGUAGCUAUUUUACAGAGUUACCUCUGCUAUAUUGUUGGUCUGAUUCCUCUUGCAGCUGUGCCUUCAAAUCUGACCUGUACACUGUUCAGGUGCUUGUUUUUAAUAGCAUUUGUCACCUUCUUUCACUGCUUUGCCAUUUUACCUGUGAUACUGACUUUCCUGCCACCCUCUAAGAAAAAAAGGAAAGAGAAGAAAAAUCCUGAAAACCGGGAGGAAAUUGAGUGUGUAGAAAUGGUGGAUAUCGAUAGUACCCGAGUGGUUGACCAAAUUACAACAGUGUGAUAGUGUCUGUUUGGUAUAUUUUCACCCUAGGUCUUAUCAAGAGCAAAGAGAUUGUGUUAAUGAAACAAUUAAAUUCAAAGUUGUUCCCAUUUUUAAGGACAAGAAACAGGCAUUGC